CAAUUUUAUCCUAAACGAUAAGUCCUGAACCAGAAAGCCUCACGGGUAAACUGGAAAAGUUAAAAGAGAGUAAAAAACACAUCCACCCUGCGCAAACCGUGGCUGCUCUCUGCUAAAUUUUUCGCUUCAGUUUUCAACCUCGAAAAAUUACAGACAAAGAGAGGGAUUUAAAACCCCAAUUCGUAGCUCGAAAAUACUCGAGAAAUUCAGAUCAUCCACGCUCUCAAGUCAGUCCAUUUUAUAUGGUUUUGCUACCAGGACAGUUUAUAAAUGGAUCAUCCAAGGAUGGUCGGGGGUGGUGAGGACAAUUUGGGAAUUCCUGAUGAUUUGAGGUGUAAGAGGUCGGAUGGGAAGCAGUGGAGAUGCACGGCCAUGUCCAUGCCGGACAAGACGGUAUGUGAAAAGCAUUAUAUCCAGGCCAAGAAGAGGGCAGCAAAUUCUGCCAUGCGGGCGAGCAUGAAGAAGGCCAAGAGGAAACCUUUAGGCGAAAGUGAUAUCUAUCUGGAAAGCAAGAGCGAUGAUAUGGAUGUGCCACUCAUUUCGCAGUUUGGCGAUUACUCUGGAUCCACUUUGAAGAAGAAGAAGGCGAAGUUGUCGAAAUCCCAGGCUGAUUAUUCGCCUGAAACCCCGGCUGCAAGGACUUUCUCUGGCCGAAGUUCUCUAAGGUCAACCGAUGACCUUGAUAGAGACGGGUCUGAAUAUGAGGACAGCAGGAGAUCUUACCGAACGCCUUCAUCAGCGGCGGAUUCAGACAGAAGCAGAUCUCAGAAGAUGUUAGAGAUUAGUCCUAUGAUGGAGACUUCUGAUGGAAGUUCAGACUCUUCUGAUGAUAAUAUGGGUCAGCCUUGUCAUCAGUGUCGGGCCAAUGUGAAAGAUGGUGUGAUUUGGUGCCUCAAAUGUGAAAGAAGAGGAUAUUGUGAGAACUGCAUCUCGACAUGGUAUUCUGACAUCCCUGUAGAUGAAAUCCAGAGAGUUUGCCCGGCAUGCCGUGGUACUUGUAGUUGCAGGGUGUGUAUGCGGGGAGAUAAUCUGAUUAAGGCGAGGAUUCGAGAAAUACCUGCCAAAGACAAGUUGCAGUACCUGUACUCUCUUUUAUCUGCUGUGCUCCCUAUUGUGAAGCAAAUCCAUUCUGAGCAGUGCUAUGAGGUGGAGCUGGAGAAGAGGCUCCGAGGAAAUGAUAUAGACCUCGCCAGGACGAAGUUAAAUGCUGAUGAGCAGAUGAUACCCAUCAUUGAUUAUCACCGGCAUUGCACAAAUUGCUCGUACGAUCUAUGCCUUAACUGCUGCAAAGAUGUUAGGGAAGCAUCAAAGCCUUCUGCAAAGGAAGAGAUCAAUCAUAUUGCUGUUGGAACUGACCAAAAAAACAAGGGCAUUGCAACCGAGCGCGCGAAGCUAUUAGAUGUUCAGCUGAAUUAUUUUAAAAGUUUUGUUGACUGGAAAGCUUACAGUGAUGGAAGUAUUCUAUGUCCACCCAAUGCCUAUGGAGGCUGUGGGUCCUCUUUUUUAACUCUUAGGCGCAUCUUCAAGAUGAAUUGGGUUGCUAAACUUGUGAAAAAUGUUGAAGAAAUGGUCAAUGGCUGUAAGGUAGAUAGUUCUGUUUAUCCAGAACAAAGUGGGGGAAGUAUAAAGCUUUUGAAGGCCGCAUACAGAGAGAAUGAUUGCGACAACUUCCUGUACUGCCCACUCUCAGAAGAGCUGAGAAAUGAAGGGAUUAAAAACUUUAGAACUCAUUGGAGCAGAGGGAAGCCUGUUAUUGUUAAGGAGGUCUUUGAUGCUUCAGCAAUGACCAUCUGGGAUCCUAUGUUGAUAUGGAGAGGAAUUAAAGAGACAGCAGACGAGAAAAUGAAAGGUGCACGCAGAAUCGUGAAGGCUGUUGACUGCAUUGAUUUAACUGAGAUGCUACUUCUUAUAUCCGUUCGUAAUCCCCCAUUUUGGUCUCUAAUGUACUUGCAGAUCAACAUUGACCUCGAAGAGUUUAUGAGAGGAUACUUUGAUGGUAGAGUUAAUGAAAAUGGCAGGCCACAAUUGUUAAAGCUGAAAGAUUGGCCUUCACCUAGUGCCUCUGAAGAGUUUUUGUUGUAUCAGAGACCCGACUUCAUCAGUAAAAUUCCCCUGCUCGAGUUCAUCCACUCCAAAUGGGGACUUCUAAAUGUUGCUGCGAAAUUGCCUCAUUAUUCCUUGCAAAAUGAUGUUGGUCCCAAGAUAUUUAUUUCGUAUGGCAGAGGAGAAGAAUUUGAAGAGGGUGAUUCCACGGAUAAUCUUCAUUUAAACGUACGCGACAUGGUGUUCCUUUUGGUACAUACGUGUGAAGUGAAAUCAAAAGGCUCGCCGAAAACAAAAACACAGAUACAACAUACCCCUGAAAAUCACUUAAUCAGUGGUGGAUUGCCUAACUGGUCACUUGAUGGACUGGAUAGUUCUGAUGCCAAAACACAUUCAAAAGACUUCGAGAAAAGGGAUGAUCCCCAAAUCGAGGGUAACAUUUUUGUUGAAGUGAAAACUGUAGAUAAUCCCGAGAGUGGAUCUAAUGAGAAAAUAUUAGAAAAUUCUGAAGCAGGAGCUUUUUGGGACGUCUUUCGUCGAGAAGAUAUACCCAAACUAAUGGAUUACAUGAGCAUGCACCGCAAGGAAUUCAGGAUGGCUGAUCAUGUACCUCGGCCUGUAUAUGAUGGGGUAGUAUACUUGAAUACGCAUCAUAAAAGCAAGUUGAAAGAGGAAUUUGGGGUGGAGCCUUGGUCAUUUGAACAGCAUAUUGGGGAAGCUGUGUUUGUGCCAGCUGGGUGUCCUUUCCAAGUUAGACAUAUCCAGUCCUCGGUAAGGUUGGGGCUUGAUUUUCUCUCUCCCGAAAGUCUCGGUCAAGCUCUGAGACUCUCACAAGAAAUUCGGGGACUUCCAAAUAACCAUGAGGCCAAGCUUCAAGUACUGGAGGUCGGAAAAAUCUCAUUAUAUGCGGCAAGCGCAUCCAUUAAAGAAGUUCAAAAGUUGGUUCUUGAUCCCAACCAGAGACGCGCGACGACCGUGAUGGGGGCGGAGGCCGGCGUCUGGGGCACGUGGGAGGAGCUCAUCCUAGGCGGCGCCGUUCUGCGGCACGGCACGGCGGACUGGAACGUCGUCGCUUCGGAGCUCCGUGCCCGCACCCUUUAUCCGUUCGCCUUUACUCCCCAGGCUUGUAAAGAAAGGUACGAGGACCUGCAAAAGCGUUAUUCCGGCUCAACAGCCUGGUUCGACGAGCUGAGAAAGCAACGUGUGGCGGAGCUAAAACGAAUACUCGCACAAUCCGAAGAUUCAAUAGGGUCCCUCGAGUCAAAGAUCAAAUCUUUAAUAAAAUCCGAGAAAGUAAACUCAUCUCCAGCUGGUUAUGGCUCGAAUUGGACCCAAUCACCGAACAAUGAAACCUCCGCAGGCAGCUUCACGAAAGACACCACGCCCACAACCAGCUGGCCCUGUCACAAUCAUCUUAAGAUAAACACGUCUCUUUCUUCUGAGAAUGGUCUCGACAAGAAUUCCCGUGCGACAAGUCUGACGGGGCUCGAUUGCAGGCCUUUGAUUGUCUUGAGAAAGAGGAGGGGUCAAAGGAGCAGAAGGGACUGUGGAAGGGCGGCUGAGGAGAGAAGUGUGGGUGAGAGUGAUAACUUGGGUUGUAACGAUUUUGUUAAGAAUUCAAAUGCGGAGAAGGAGAUUUCGGGUGAGUUGAAUGAGGGGUCGUGGGGUGUGGAGAGAGACGAGUUGAUCGGGAUUUUCAGAUGUGUUGCCGAGAGUGAGCCCGCGUCUGUGUUUAGACACCGUAUGGACAGUCAGAAACGAGCAAGAUACAGAAAACUGAUCAAGCAGCACAUGGACAUCGGCACCAUAAAAUCAAGAAUCAUCGGGAAAUCCAUAAAAUCGGCCAAAGAGCUCUUUCGCGACCUUUUGCUGCUCGCGAACAAUGCGCUCGUCUUCUACUCGAGACGCACGCGCGAGUACAAAUCGGCACUCUCCCUUAGGCAGCUCGUCAUGCGUGAGUACAAGCAGCACUGCAUGGGGUACCACAGUCAUAGGCCCACCUCCAGUUUUAUCCCUUGCAAUCCUCCCGUUAGGCCCCGGACUGCCCGUCCUCGUCCCCAGUCCCGGGCCUUGCCAUGCAAGGAAGAAAAGGGCUCGAUUUUCGAGAAUGGCGGUUUGGAUAAGAAAAUUGGUUUGGAAGAAAAUAAUGGGGAGCCCGGUUUUGAUAUUGAUGAUAAAAAACCCGAUCUAGGCAACUUUUGGGAAGAGAUUGACGGUUUGACUGGUCAUACUGUUUUUGCAUAA